GUGAGUGCACGAGCGGUCGUCCCCUCGAAGGUCCCUUCUGUACAUACCCUCGUCUCGCGCAUUAAAAAAAAAAAAAGAAACAAAACAAAGUACCAAAUGGACCGUCUACCGUCGACCACCGUCAUCCAAGACCGUGCAUGAUCCCCAACGGUAACAUCUCCGCAACCUGGACGACGUCGCCGCCGAGUCCCCUCAGGAGCCCAGCAUGUCCCUGGACCCCCUCGGACUCCAGGCUCGUCAUGUCCCGAGGAAACGCCAUCCUUGAACCUGGACUCGUCGAGUCCCGAGGAAACGCAAUCCUUGAACCUGGACUUGAGAUCGGGUCUCCAGGAACUGGUCCUUGGACUUCAUGGACAUCCUGGUUCCUGGGGCGCCAUAUUCUGGAAAAAAAAAAAACCUUGUCCUUAAACUGUGGCGUUUAUCCAGAAAACAUCAUAUUCUCACCUGUUCUCCCGAUAACCUGCAUCGGCACCCUCGACUCCAGCACUAAACCGUACACUGUUAAAAUAAUAUUCUCAGUUUAUAACAUUUUCAUUGAAGAGUUCACUCAAACGUAUCAUACCGUACCACCAUACGGUGCCUUUUCGAUAGAAUUUUCGAUUUCACUUUAACGUUUGUACCGAGAGUAUCAAGAACCUGGAAAGAGUUCGGCGCCAAGUACGCUCGCGAGAUCUCUAUACUUUUAACAGUGUACCCCUGAAGAUGGCGUUACCAUUAUUCCCUUUGAAUCGGCAAAGCAUCGUCGGUGGCUUCCCUUUGCCAAGUAUCCCCGCCUAGGUACAGUGGUCGGUCCCCUCCAUCCCUAGCGAUAUCAGUUCUGAUAACACGCGCACACUUGGGGCAGCCGUGCCCCCGGAACUCCGCCAGGCCAAGACGCACGCUAAAAAUGGACGCAGAAACGCAACACUUAGUAUUAGGAGAAUUUGUACCAUCUGUAAUAAGUGCUAUGAUUAAUUAAUAAAAUAACACGGUAAAGAAAGGAAAUAUCCGAGAAAGCGAGAAAGAGAGAGACACUCUGCGCGGUAAUAUGUGGCGUGCCCCACCCCCCACCUCCCGCCAGCCCCGCCGAGUUCGCGCCACGGAGGCCCAUUGAUAAAUCCGAAUUACACCCACACGCACACGCACGCAACCAUGCCAGCCGUCUAGAGGGUCCAAUGCCAUCCUGGAGCCCAAGGCCAUCGCCAAGGCCCCCGAGGGAGAGGGUUGCCCCAGGUGUGGAGGAUUCGUCUAUGCUGCCGAGCAGAUGCUGGCCCGUGGAAGGGGCUACCAUAGGGAAUGCUUCAAGUGCAAAGUUUGCAACCGGACCCUGGACUCAACCCUCCAUUGCGAUGGUCCCGAUCGCGAGAUAUACUGUCGAGCAAUGGCACAAGGAAUGCUUUAAAUGUGCCACCUGCACCAGGAGGUUAGACUCCGUCAACUGCUGCGAGGGGCCUGACAAGGAUAUCUAUUGCAAAGUCUGCUACGGGAAGAAGUUCGGGCCAAAGGGGUACGGCUACGGCCAGGGUGGCGGCGCCCUGCAGAGCGACUGCUACGCCAACGGUGACGCGGCUCCGCGAACCACCGUGAUCGACACGGCGUCCAUCAAGGCGCCCCCAGGAAAGGGUUGCCCCAGGUGCGGGGGUGUCGUCUUUGCAGCGGAGCAGGUCCUUGCAAAGAGUCGCGAAUGGCACAGGAAGUGCUACAAAUGUCGCGACUGCACCAAGACCCUCGACUCCAUCAUCGCCUGCGAUGGUCCCGACAAAGACGUCUACUGCAAGACCUGCUAUGGAAAGAAAUGGGGCCCCCAUGGCUACGGCUUCGCCUGCGGCUCCGGAUUCCUGCAGACAGACGGACUCACGGAGGACGAAAUCUCGGCAAGCAGGCCCUUCUACAACCCCGACACGACCUCCAUCAAGGCACCAGCAGGGCAAGGAUGUCCCCGAUGUGGAGGCAUGGUGUUCGCAGCCGAACAGCAGCUCGCGAAGGGCACAAUGUGGCACAAGAAGUGCUUCAACUGUGCCGAAUGCCAUCGACCGCUCGACUCCAUGUUGGCCUGCGACGGUCCCGACAAGGAAAUCCACUGUCGUUCCUGUUACAGCAAGCUUUUCGGCCCCAAAGGAUUCGGAUUCGGACACACUCCGACCCUCGUAUCGACGAACGGGGACGUGGCUCCCUCCUAUAUCGACUCGAAGCCCCAGCUCGGGCAGAAGAGAAACGACGGGCUUGGCUGUUCUCGUUGCGGCUACCCGGUGUACGCUGCCGAACAGAUGAUCUCGAAGAACAGGAUCUGGCACAAGAGAUGCUUCAGCUGCGGCGAAUGUCACCGUUCCCUGGACUCGACGAACCUGAACGACGGUCCCGACGGCGACAUCUACUGCCGCGGCUGUUACGGCAGGAACUUCGGGCCCCGAGGCGUUGGCUUCGGCAUGGGAGCCGGGACCCUGACGAUGGCCUAGACCUAAGCUAAUGUAGGAUACAAGUGACGUACGAGAUAAGCGACGAACGUAAUUACCCCAAAUUACCUGCCCAUCCUUCAACCCCCUCUUCCGGAUGCACCGGUCCCUCGAGGCGCGUCCCAGCGACCCCCUGGAUGCGACGGCGUCCCUGAAGAACCUCGAAGUCCUCAUCGAAUCCGUCUCUUGGGGUACCAGGGUCGACUUCGAGGGCGUCUUCGAGGUUCCUUGCGCUGUGUAGGGUGGAAUUGUCGCAUCGGGGGCCUCUGUCGUUGCAUCGUACAGUGGGGGACGUGAAUGUCUUCCUUGUGGAUAUGGUACCGCUAAUGUAAGAAGAGAAGGCAUUCGUGUCUACGACUGUACCUUGACGUUGCCUUGGGUGCUGCGAAAUGUCCCUAUCGGAUGUUUGGACGUUUUCGAUGGGCCCCAGGGACCGAGGGUAAAAAUGGUGUUACUAUGGGAUUGUCAUAUUAUCGUGGUAAUAUCAGGAUAUUGUACCGUGAAGGUAAAAUUACGGCAUUGUCGCGGUACCAUCACGGUCCCAUCAUGAUAUACCCACGAUACCAUCACGGUACCAUCUUGAAACGGCACUACCCAAGGUUCCAGGGGUCCAAGCUGCCAGGCGGAAAACUAUCUAUUCCAUGUUCCAAAUUCUACCUAUUUCCACUUCCUCUUCCACAAGUCCCGAAAAAUUCGGAGAGUCGGGACCCAGGAACCCGAUGUACGGAACCGAGGGGACCUCAAAGCCCAGUCCUGGUCCCACUCUAAGACGACCUUUUUCCGCCGACCCUGACGAGCUUCUAUCGGAGCUGCACGAACGACCGCCCCGGCAGGACGUAUCGACGUCUCCCUGACUUCCACCGAGACUUCCCGGCGAGCGAGGGCGACGCGACCGACGACGAGCACCCGGACGCCCUUUCAACUCCCACUACCCUGACGAGGGAACCGAAGCCCCGAAGAGGCCGCAGGUUCCCUCGCAGUACGUACGUCGAACACCCUGUCGCUCGCAGAAAGAGAUAACCGAACAAAAGAGAAAGAGAUAGCUGGAUUGACUCCAUCCUGGAACCCGGUCCAGGGUGCCAGAUGCUGAGGAUGCCUCCACUGAGAAAAUAGUACAUUUUGCCUUAGUCUACCCCGAUCACUGCCAAUUACGCUCACUAAAGGUGCGGUUUCACUAAACCUUCUGGGUAUGUACGUAUCGUACCGUCUCAAGGCGACACUCGAUCGUUUACCCUGAGGGGUUGCUAAAACCAGGUCUUUAGUAUAAGUACCAAGUGAUCGGGGUAAACUGAGUCUUUCCCUCCUCGCUCUGGACCGCAGCGGAGAGGCCGCUUGGAGUUGCUUUCGCGUGUUCGAUGAGCGCCCCGUGGUCCAAGGCCGCGGGAUUCUGUAAAGGCUCGAACAAUUCUCGAAUAAAGGCUCGUUCCUUCUUUAA